AUGCCGGCCCACUACACCAAAGAGCCCAGCCGCUCCGUGCCGGUCCACUGCACCACAGAGCCCAGCCCCUCGGUGCCGGCCCACUGCACCAUAGAGCCCAGCCCCUCCGUGCCGGCCCACUGCACCACAGAGCCUAGCCUCUCCGUGCCGGUCCAUUGCACCACAGAGCCCAGCCCUUCCGUGCCGGUCCACUACACCACAGAGCCCAGCCCCUCGGUGCCGGCCCACUGCACCACAGAGCCCAGCCCCUCCGUGCCAGCCCACUACACCAAAGAGCCCAGCCCCUCCGUGCCGGCCCACUACACCAAAGAGCCCAGCCCCUCCGUGCCGGCCCACUACACUACAGAGCCCAGCCCCUCCGUGCCGGUCCACUACACCACAGAGUCCAGCCCCUCCCCUCGCGCCAGCUCCACGGAGAACCUGAUCCCGCCGGAGGAGUCGCCGCAGACGCGGCCGCGACCCGUCAUCACCACCGAGUCACCGCCGGCCGCCGGACCCGAGGGAGGCGCGCGCAGCUUCCCGGACAUCGAGCUGCACUGCCGGCGCACCUACCUGUGUCCGCAGGCGCUGGCGCGCCGCCGCUGCUCCUGCAUCAACAUCCACCGCAUGGGCUCACGGGACUCGGUGUGCUCGGUGACGGGCGGCGGCAGUCGCGACAAGAUCGUGCGCCAGCAUUCCCAGCCGGAGACGUGCACCUCGUGCCACCAGCCACGCUCGGCGGCCAGCCUGCGCCAGCUGCACUGCCACGAGCCGGGCCGCAGCAGCGAGUUCGCCGAGAUCGCCGCCGACUCGCUGCGCAUUAACGGCGCCAUCCGACAGUUUCGUCACCUGCGGAAGCCGGUGUCGACGCUCUCCAUACCGGGCGCCAUGAGGUGUUCGGCCGGCGCCGCCAGCGGCCUCAAGGAGGGCGAGGACCCCGGCAUCGCGCUGGUCGGCGUUCACAGCGAGUAUCCUCGCUACGCCGACGAACGCAAGCUGCCCAAAGCCCAGAAGCCGUCCGUCGGCUACAGGUUGGGUCGGAGAAAGGCACUCUUCGAGAAGAGGAAACGUAUCAGUGACUACGCCUUGGUCAUGGGCAUGUUCGGCAUCGGUAUGAUGGUGCUGGAGAACGAGCUCAGCAGCGCAGAAUUCUACGACAAGGGAUCUCCCUGCUCCACGGCAAUCAAGACUUUGAUCACGGUCUCCACGCUUGUGGUGCUUGGUCUCAUUUGCGCCUACCACGCCUUGGAAGUGCAGCUGUUCAUGAUUGACAACUGCGCCGACGACUGGCGGAUCGCCAUGACCUGGCAGCGCAACGUGCAGAUCUUCACCGAGCUCAUCAUCUGCGCCAUCCAUCCGAUCCCCGGCGAGCACUACUUCAUGUGGACCACCAAGCUCUCCAACAACGGCCACAGCGGCCUGACGGAGAGCCGGCGCGUGCCAGUGGACGUCACGCUGUCGCUGCCCAUGUUUCUGCGGCUGUACCUCAUCUGCCGCGUCAUGCUGCUGCACUCGAAACUCUUCACCGACGCGUCGUCGCGCAGCAUCGGUGCCCUCAACCGGAUAAACUUCAACACGCGCUUUGUGCUGAAGACUCUGAUGACCAUAUGCCCGGGCACAGUGCUGUUGGUGUUCAUGGUGUCGUUGUGGAUCAUCGCCAGCUGGACGCUCCGGCAGUGCGAGAGGUACCAUGACCAUGACCACGUCAACCUACUCAACUCCAUGUGGCUGAUAGCGGUUACUAUUUUGUGUGUGGGCUAUGGAGACAUAGUACCCAACACAUACUGUGGCCGAAGCAUUUCCGUGGCAUGUGGAAUGAUGGGUGCCGGCUGCACCGCUCUGCUAGUGGCGGUCGUGUCCAGGAAGCUAGAGCUCACGCGCGCAGAAAAGCACGUUCAUAACUUCAUGAUGGAUACGCAAUUUACAAAAAGGUUGAAAAACUCGGCCGCCAACGUGCUGCGAGAGACGUGGCUGAUCUACAAGUACACCAAGCUGGUGAAGCGGGUAAAUCCCGGCCGCGUGCGCACGCACCAGCGCAAGUUCCUGCUCGCCAUCUACUCAUUGCGAAAAGUGAAAAUGGAUCAGCGGAAGCUGAUGGAUAAUGCCAGCACGAUAACGGACAUGGCAAAGGUGCAGAAUUCGGUGUACGAGCUGGUGGUGGACAUGAACGCACGCCAGGAGCUGGCCGAUGAGCGCGUCAGCAGCAUGGAGGAGCGGCUGGCCAACGUGCAGGAGCAGCUGGAGCAGCUGCCCGAGGUGCUGCAGCGCUGCCUGGCCGCACACCAAGAGCAGCUGGAGCAGCGCCGGCAGCCGCAUACACUGCACCCGGAGAUGGCGCUGCAGCGAUCGCCGCCGCGGCACCCGCCCAUCACGCGCUCCACCAACGUCACCUCGCUGCCGGCCGUGCCACCGGUGGUACGCAGCAACACGGUUAACACGCCGCCGACAGCGCCGCCGCCGCCGCGCCGGACGCUGCCACACAACCACCUGGGCACAGGGGACGCGUGACGCCCCGG